CAACUAAGUCACGUGACACGGGAGAGGAGGGGGAAAUGUUUGCUGCAUCACAGGAAUGUCGGCGCAGCAGCGCGAGACGGAGCUCAGGAGGAAAAAUACCGGAGGUUUCUCCAAUCCAGGAUCCUCUGCUGAUAUCUUCUAUAUAAGAGAAUUCCCCUGGAUGACCCAUCAACCAUGGAGAGAGACAGGAACAAGAUGGCCGACAGGAUAAUAGACCUCACCCUACAGAUACUCUUCCGGCUUACUGGAGAGGAUUACACAGUAGUGAAGAAGUCCUCUAGUGGGUGCUGUGGGGCCCCUGUGUGUGAAGGAUGGGGAAGAACCCGGAGCCCAAUCCCGGGGCCCCCACCUCACUCCCUGAUACAUGAGGAAAUGGAUGAACAGAAGAUCCGAGAACUCAUCAACAAGAUGAUGGAGCUGCUGACUGGAGAGGUUCCUAUAAGGUGUCAGGACGUGGCGGUCUAUUUCUCCAUGGAGGAGUGGGAGUAUGUAGAAGGACACAAGGAUCAGUACAAGGAUCAGGUCAUGAUGGAGGAUCAGCAGCCCCUCACAUCACCAGUCAGAUCCAGUAAAAGAACAGCACCAGAGAGGUGUCCCUGUCCUCUUGAGGAGCAGUAUAUGGAGGACAUUGCUACAGGGAAAGAUCUGAUCUAUAUUACUCCUACAGACACAAAGGAAGAUGAAGAGACAGAUGUGAGCAGUGAUGAGCAGUAUAAGGAGGACAUUCCUACAGGGAAAGAUCUGAUCUAUAUUAAUCCUACAGACAUAAAGGAAGAAGAUGAGACAGAUGUGAGCAGUGAUGAGCAGUAUAAGGAGGACAUUCCUACAGGGAAAGAUCUGAUCUAUAUUAAUCCUACAGACAUAAUGGAAGAAGAAGAGACAGAUGUGAGCAGUGAUGAGCAGUAUAAGGAGGACAUUCCUACAGGUAACUGCCCAGAUUCUUGUACCAGGAGAUCAGAGGAGAAUCUUAUAUCUUCAGAUUAUAAAGCAGAUGAUGAUAUCACACAAGAUACAUAUGAAGAACAUUCCAUUAUCCCAGAUACACCCUCAGCCCUUCACAGCCAAGAUCUGUCAUCUCAUCCUUAUAUACAGGUCCUGUCUUCUCAGUCAUCACAGGAUGUUAAGCAAAAUAAGAAAAAGCCAUUCUUAUGUUUAGAAUGUGGGAAAUAUUUUAUUUACAAAUCACAUCUUAUUACGCAUCAAAGAAUUCACACAGGGGAGAAGCCGUUUUCAUGUUCCGAAUGUGGAAAAAGUUUCUCUGACAAAUCAAAUUUUGUUCAACAUCAAAGAACUCACACAGGAGAGUCUUCUCAUUCAUCACAGACUAAUGAGCAAAAUAAAUGUUACAGAAGGGGCGUUGGACAUCAAAGAGAUCAUACAAGAAAGAAACCAUAUUUAUGCUCAGAAUGUGGGAAAUGUUUUACUCAGAAAUCAGGGUUUGUAAUACAUCAAAGAAUUCACACAGGAGAGAAGCCAUUUUCAUGUUCAGAAUGUGAGAAAUGUUUUGCUCGGAAACCAUAUCUUGUUCAACAUCAAAGAACUCACACAGGGGAGAAGCCAUUUUUAUGUUCAGAAUGUGAGAAAUGUUUUACUGUUAAAGCAAAUCUUCUCAGACAUCAAAGAACUCACACAGGAGAGAAGCAGUAUUCAUGUCCAGAAUGUAGAAAAUGUUUUGCUCAUAAAUCAGAUCUUAUUAGACAUCAAAGAACUCACACAGGAAAGAAGCCAUUUUCAUGUUCAGAAUGUGGAAAAUGUUUUACUCAGGAAUCGGAUAUUAUUAGACAUCAAAGAACACACACAGGGGAGAAGCCAUUUUCAUGUUCCCAAUGUGGCAAACAUUUUUCUGAAAAAUCAUAUCUUGUUAAACAUAACAAAAAUCACACAGGAGAGAAGCCAUUUUCAUGUGUAGAAUGUGGGAAAUGUUAUAUUAAGAAAUUUGAUUUAAUUCAACAUCAAAGAACUCACACAGGAGAGAAACCAUUUUCAUGUUCAAAAUGUGAGAAAUGUUUUACUUAUAAAUCACAACUUAUUAUACAUCAAAGAACUCACACAGGGGAGGAGAAGCCAUUUUCAUGUGUAGAAUGUGGGAAAUGUUAUAUUCAGAAAUUAAAAUUAAUUAAUCAUCAAAGAACUCACACAGGAGAGAAACAAUUUUCAUGUUCAAAAUGUGAAAAAUGUUUUAUUUAUAAAACAGAUCUUAUUAGACAUCAAAGAACUCACACUGGGGAGAAGCCAUUUUCAUGUUCCGAAUGUGAAAAAAGUUUUACUGACAAAUCAAAUCUUAUUAAACAUAAAAAAAUUCACACAGGAGAGAAACCAUAUUCAUGUUCAGAGUGUGGGAAAGGUUUUACUCAGAAAUCAGCUCUUAUAAAACAUCAUCAGAGCAUUCACACAUGAGAGAAGCCAUAUUCAUGUUCAGAAUGUGGGAAAUGUACUCAGAAAUCAGAUCUUAUUGAACAUCAAAGAACUCACAUGUGGAAAAGUUCUACUGACAAAUAGGGCUGAAACCACUAAUCGAUUAAUCGGCAACUAAUCGAUAAUGAAAAUAAUCAACUAUAUUUAUAAUCAAUUUAUCGGUUGGUCGAUAAGUUGGUACAUUUUUGUUGAUACUUGCAUCAUUUCUUUGUGAAAAAAUCCCAAAUUUCAUGAAAAACUUUAAACAUUAGCAUUUUUUUAAAUUUGCUAUUCUCUGCUUGUAAGAAAAAUGAACAUGACAAAUAAAUUAUAUAUUGAUUCAC